AUGCGUCACGUUGCUGCUUUGCUGUUGUGUGUGCUCGGUGGAAAUGCCACUCCUUCUGUGGCUGACCUCGAAAAGGUUAUCAAGUCUUUUGGCGGUGAGUUUGAUCAGGAGCAGGCCGAGAAGCUCAUCAAAGAGCUUGAGGGGAAAAACAUCGAGGAGGUGAUCAAGGCCGGUAAGGCCAAGCUUGCCACUGUGUCGGUGGGUGCUGCCCCUGCUGCUGGCGCUUCUGCUGGUGGUGCUGCUCCUGCCAAGGCGGAGGAAAAGGUCGUUGAGGAAGAGGAAGAGGUUGACAUGGGCGGAGGUAUGGACAUGUUUGGUGGAGACGAGGACUACUAG